AUGGCACAAAACUUUGUUACUGCUUACGAUGAGUAUUAUUCUCAUCCUUUAACUGUAUGUCCUUUACACCUUUCUCUUUUCCACCCAACCGGUGUGACAGAUCACCAAGGAAAUCAAGCUCGUUUGGUACGGACUGAAUCGGUACCAUGUGACAUCAACAACCCACUCAGGUACACAGACCUGCACAUCAGUCAGACGCUGCCCAAAACCAACAAAAUCAACAAGGAUCACAUCCCUGUCCCGUACCAGCCAGACUCCAGCAGUAACCCCUCCUCCACCACCUCCUCCACACCUUCCUCACCCGCUCCACCCCUCCCUUCCAGUGCCACCCCUCCCUCCCCCUUACACCCUUCCCCACAGUCAGCACGGCAACAGAAACAGUUCAACUUCACAGCGUCUUCUUACUUCAAAUACAAGCAGCAGUUCAUCUUCCCAGACGUGACCCCAGCACCAGAGGCUCCUAACAGAACACCCCAGGUCAUCCUUCACCCUGUCCUGUCUGAGCCUGGAAUCGAGGUGAACCCUUUAAACCCUUUACUACAGAUUGAAGUUGAACCGACAUCAGACAAUGAGGAGGGCAACGAUGAGGCGGAGUACUCGGAGGAUGAGUUUGAGGAGAUGAACCUGUCUCUGCUGUCAGCCCGUAACUUCCCCCGUAAAGCCAGCCAGACCUCCAUCUUUCUCCAGGAGUGGGACAUCCCCUUCGAACAGCUAGAGAUAGGGGAGCUCAUCGGGAAAGGUCGCUUCGGCCAAGUUUUCCACGGGCGCUGGCAUGGUGAGGUGGCCAUCCGCCUCAUCGACAUCGAGCGUGAUAAUGAGGACCAGCUCAAGGCCUUCAAGAGGGAGGUGAUGGCCUACCGAAACACUCGGCACGAGAAUGUGGUCCUCUUCAUGGGCGCCUGCAUGAGCCCUCCACACCUGGCCAUCAUCACCAGCUUGUGUAAGGGAAGGACUCUAUAUUCGGUGGUGAGGGAUGCCAAAGUCAUCCUGGAUGUCAACAAGACCAGACAGAUCGCCCAGGAGAUGGUUAAGGGGAUGGGCUAUCUCCAUGCCAAGGGGAUCCUACACAAGGAUAUGAAGUCCAAGAAUGUCUUCUACGACAAUGGCAAAGUGGUCAUCACCGACUUCGGACUUUUCACCAUAUCUGGGGUUCUGCAAGCUGGCAGCCGUAGAGAGGACAAACUGAGAAUCCCCAGUGGAUGGCUUUGUCACCUGGCCCCUGAAAUAGUCUCUCAGCUCUCCCCUGAAACAGAGGAGGACAAGCUGCCUUUCUCCAAACAGUCAGAUGUCUUUGCUUUCGGCACUAUCUGGUAUGAAUUGCAUGCACGUGAGUGGCCUUACAAGAACCAGCCAGCAGAGGUUAUCAUCUGGCAGGUGGGCAGUGGGAUGAAGCCCAACCUCACACAGAUCGGCAUGGGCAAAGAGAUAUCGGACAUCCUGCUCUUUUGCUGGGCGUUCGAGCAGGAUGAAAGGCCCAGCUUCUCCAAGCUGGUGGAUCUGCUAGAAAAGUUGCCAAAACGGAACCGUCGCCUUUCCCACCCAGGGCACUUCUGGAAGUCAGCUGAGUAUGUCAAAUGAGAUAGACGCUAAACAACAACAACUUUUACUACUACAAUACCUACCACUCACAAAACCACAACUCCCUUAGAGUGCACUGAAUCCAAAUACCAAUCAAUGAGUAAAACUGUCCAGACUACAGUAUGU